AUGUGCUACGACCGCUACGUUGCCAUCUGCAAACCCCUGCACUACGGGACCCUCCUGGGCAGCAGAGCUUGUGCCCACAUGGCAGCAGCUGCCUGGGCCACUGGCUUUCUCACUGCUCUGCUGAACACAGCCAAUACAUUUUCCCUGCCCCUGUGCCAGGGCAAUGCCCUGGGCCAGUUCUUCUGUGAAAUCCCACACAUCCUCAAGCUCUCCUGCUCACACUCCAAACUCAGGGAACUUGGGUUUGUUGCAGUUAAUGCUUCUUUUUGUUUCGGUUGUUUUGUUUUCAUUGUGUUCUCCUAUGUGCAGAUCUUCAGGGCUGUGCUGAGGAUCCCCUCUGAGCAGGGAAGGCACAAAACCUUUUCCACGUGCCUCCCUCACCUAGCUGUGGUCUCUCUGUUUUUGAUCACUGCCAUGUUUGCCUACCUGAAGCCCCCCUCCAUCUCCUCCCCAUCCCUGGACCUGGCCCUGUCAGUUCUGUACUCAGUGCUACCUCCAGCACUGAACCCCCUCAUCUACAGCCUCAGGAAUCAGGAGCUCAAGAAUGCCCUG